AUGAGCAGCACGACGGACGCAAACGAACGCAUGGACCUGGUCGACGGGUAUGGCGAGGAGCUCGCGCAUGCGCCUCUGCUCGCGAGCAUGGACGCGCUCGCUGCGACUAUCCCCGGCGAUGAGACCGUGCUCUGCACGCACUGCGGUAUGCCGGUCGGAGGCGAUGCGACGAGCAGCGACGACGUCUAUAUCCCAUGUGAAGCGUCGCGCUUCAUGGCCGCGCUCGUGCGUGGCAUCUCGGACGUCAACAUCGAAGACGAGCCGCCGGCCACGAUGGUGGCACCACCGUGGUGGAGCGGGCGUCCGAUGCACCCGCGCUUCCGUACAAUCUACUACGAGGAGAAGAAACAUUUGUGCUGCUUUCCGCAGUGCAUGUUGUACAAACACUGCUCGGCGCCGUACCAGCACGACCACGCAAGUCUUGCAGGCUCUCUGGCGGUUGCGUGCUCCGUUCCGCUGUGCGCUACCUUCGUGCACGAAUACGCUCUCGGCGACACUCAGGCUUUUGGCUUCUUCCACCGCUCGGAUAUGGCGAUGGACGCAUUACCCUCCUCGCUCACACCCGCGGAGCUCACGGUUGCCAGCAGCAAGUGGAUCGUCGGCGACGUCGAGCACCACCGCAACACCAAGACCUCUGUGCUCUUUCAGAGUUAUCCCGAAAAAAAAACGUCAUGGCUGCUCCCUGACGGCUUUAUGCACUCACAUGGCGCGCAAGAGGUCAAGUACACGUUCUGCGUGCUGCUCUACGUCAAGGUCGGCGACCUCUACGAGCUGGUCGCGUACCAAGACUCGCCCGAGUUUGCGGUGCACAGCUGCGCGCGCAACAGCAAGCGCAAGCCGACAGCGACACUGGCCGAGAAGAACGCCAAACGUCCUCGCCUUGCCAACGCUGUCACCUCGGCCUAA